AUGGCUAAAUUCAGGGUGAGAGUAUCCACGGGGGAAGCCUGUGGGGCUGGCACAUGGGACAAAGUGUCUGUCAGCAUCGUGGGAACCCACGGAGAGAGCCCCUUAAUACCUCUGGACCACCUGGGCAAGGAGUUCAGCGCCGGUGCUGAAGAAGACUUCGAGGUGACGCUUCCCCAGGACGUUGGCGCUGUGCUGAUGCUGCGAGUCCACAAAGCACCCCCGGAAGCGUCCCUCCCGCUUAUGUCUUUUCCUUCUGAUGCCUGGUUCUGCCGCUGGUUCGAGCUGGAGUGGCUACCUGGGGCUGCACUCCACUUCCCCUGUUAUCAGUGGCUGGAAGGGGCGGGGGAGCUGGUGCUGAGAGAGGGAGCAGCCAAGGUGUCCUGGCAAGACCACCACCCUACACUGCAGGAUCAGCGCCAGAAGGAGCUUGAGUCCAGGCAGAAGAUGUACAGCUGGAAGACUUACAUUGAAGGUUGGCCUCGCUGCCUUGACCACGAGACUGUGAAAGACUUGGACCUCAACAUCAAGUACUCUGCGAUGAAGAAUGCCAAAUUCUUCUUUAAAGCCCACUCCGCGUAUACAGAGCUGAAAAUCAAAGGGCUCCUGGACCGCACAGGACUUUGGAGGAGUCUGAGGGAGAUGAGAAGGCUGUUUAACUUCCGAAAGACUCCAGCCGCAGAGUAUGUGUUUGCACACUGGCAGGAAGACGCCUUCUUCGCCUCCCAGUUCCUAAAUGGCAUCAACCCCGUCCUGAUUCGCCGCUGUCACAGUCUCCCAAAGAACUUCCCGGUCACUGAUGAAAUGGUGGCCCCAGUGCUGGGCCCUGGGACCAGUCUGCAGGCUGAGUUGGAGAAGGGCUCCCUGUUCUUGGUGGAUCAUGGCAUUCUUUCUGGAGUCCAAACCAACAUCCUCAAUGGAAAGCCUCAGUUCUCUGCAGCCCCAAUGACCCUGUUACACCAGAGCUCAGGGUCUGGAACCCUGCUUCCCAUAGCCAUCCAGCUCAAACAGACUCCCGGGCCAGACAACCCCAUCUUCCUGCCCAGCGAUGACACGUGGGACUGGUUGCUGGCCAAGACCUGGGUGCGCAAUUCUGAGUUUUAUAUCCAUGAGGCUGUCACACAUCUACUGCAUGCCCACCUGAUUCCAGAAGUCUUUGCCUUGGCCACAUUGCGUCAGCUGCCCACGUGUCACCCUCUUUUCAAGCUACUGAUCCCUCACAUUCGGUACACACUGCACAUCAACACGCUUGCCCGGGAGCUGCUCAUUGCCCCUGGGAAGUUGGUAGACAAGUCCACAGGCCUUGGCACUGGGGGAUUCUCUGACCUGAUAAAGAGAAACAUGGAGCAGCUGAACUACUCCGUCCUGUGUCUCCCUGAAGAUAUUCAAGCCCGAGGUGUGGAAGACAUCCCAGGCUACUAUUACCGAGAUGAUGGGAUGCAGAUCUGGGGGGCAAUAAAGAGCUUUGUCUCUGAGAUAGUCGGCAUCUACUACCCAAGUGACACAUCUGUCCAAGAUGACCAAGAGCUCCAGGCCUGGGUGGGGGAGAUCUUCUCUGAGGGCUUCCUCAGCCGAGAAAGCUCAGGUAUGCCCUCCUUGUUGGAUACCCAGGAAGCCCUGGUCCAGUACAUCACCAUGGUGAUAUUCACCUGCUCAGCCAAGCAUGCGGCUGUCAGUUCAGGCCAGUUUGACUCUUGUGUUUGGAUGCCCAAUCUGCCACCUACCAUGCAGCUACCACCACCUACUUCCAAAGGCCAGACCCGGCCUGAGAGUUUCAUAACCACGCUCCCAGCAGUUAAUUCAUCAAGUUAUCACAUCAUUGCUCUCUGGCUGCUAAGCGCAGAACCUGGGGACCAAAGGCCCCUGGGCCACUAUCCAGAUGAACACUUCACAGAGGAUGCCCCCCGGCGAAGUGUGGCUGCCUUCCAGAGAAAGCUGAUCCAGAUCUCCAAGGGCAUCAGGGAGAGGAACCGAGGCCUGGCACUGCCCUACACGUACCUGGACCCUCCCCUCAUUGAGAACAGUGUCUCCAUCUAA